AGUGCAUCGCCUUCACUUUUUCAUCCCGAGUUUGGAUUGAUGGAGCGACAGAAUAGCAAACUCAUGACGGAAAGCCUGUUGCAAGUUUAUCAUGAUGUCUUGGAGAACAAUCUUGCGUGCUGGCUUGCAGACGACACUUGCCCAUACAAGAUGCAGAGCAGGAGCAACAGGCGUGGACGGAUGAACUCAGUAGCAUCAACCUUCAUGCCGGGAGAUGCCCCGAUACUUCCUGAAUGGGGAACGGUGUGGUCCAACCGAAUCUACCGUCGGGUUGUGCAUCUUGAUCAGGUGGCACGUGCAGCCAAGCUGGUUCGGCUCACACGCGCUGAGAGUCAGUCUGCAUCGAGGGCUCUUGACUUGGUGAUAAUGGCCUUUGCGACCCAGUUCUCUCAAGGGAGCAAGCAUCGGCGGCGAUAUCGUCCAGGAUCCAUCGACCCUUUGGAGCCAGAACCGUCAAGAGACAUUGCCGAUGAACUCGCCGACGAGUUUGAGCAGAACCUUCAGUUAUCAGUUUGGGAACAAGCAAAGAAGGCUCUGCAAGAUGUUUCUGAAGUUGAAUCUUACAGAGUUGUUUACGCGGAGCUGAUAUUUGGUCUCACGCAACGACCUCGAACCAACGAUGACUCUUUGGACGAUUUCAGACCCCGCAAGAGCAAGGUUGGGAAUGCCAAGAUCUCAGCAUUACCUCGAGUCUUGGAGCUCAUGUCUGAGGAUGGACCUCCCACAUUCAUGGAGAGGGCUGCUCGUAAGAUGCAGGCUCUGAAGUACAACUUUGAGGCGAAUGAAACAGGUUUCUUGGAGACGAGUCAACUGUAUCAGCAACACAACGAAAUUCGUGUCGACAUGGAGGAGAGAGGCACGAUAGGGUUGCUGUUCUGGCUCGCCGUCAUGUUUGACACCGUCUCUUCAUCCAUGAAUGAGAGGCCAAUUGCCUUGGCUGAUGAGGACUGUGAACAUGAUGCGGCUCAAGAGCAGCUGGCGAGCAAGGCUGCAUCAGAGGCUCAACAAGCCAACAUGCGUUGGGAUCUCAAUCUGUUCGCUCAAGAUGGCCCGAACACACUUCAUUGGCCUUGUCCUCAGGAUGUUGCAGCCGAGGUUGUGACGAGGGCAGCGCCGAUCAAAGUGCUGCUAUUCCGCCACGUUUCAUACUUGCAAAAUGCCCUGCGGAAGAAGUUCUACCAGCAAGUGGAAGAGAUCAUCCAGAGCACCAUCUCUACGUACCGAUACUGGAACACGACAUAUGGCGCCUUCUUUCGAGAUUUAGUUCGCGAUUACGAUUCAGUGCCUCCCAGGAUGAAGUCAUGGUUCGUUUGCAUCGCAAUACCAUGGCAUCUGGCUUCUCUUAUGCUCUCCGACCUGAUCGACUUUGUGGACAGGAACAACUUGGGACGCAAGGAAGCCACAAUGUCUCGGAUCAACUCUAAAAUGACGGCCAGGAUACGAAAGUCGAGCGCGAUUGAACUGGCCGACCUCGCACGAGUUACAUCACCACCACCAGACAUGACCGGCAGUCCAGCAGACCAACUCCCAAACUUCCACUUUGCCGUGAACCAAGGCCCAUUGCUUACAGAACCGUGGACCAUUCUUUUGAUUCGAGGGUUCGCCAAGGCUGCAAUAUUCCACUUGGGCGUAGCAGAGGACUUGAGGCAGCAUGAGUUGUCGCUGGGACAUGAUAAUGAGGAUUUGCAGCAGAGUCUUAAACGGACGGAGUAUUGUAUUGGGGCGCUUUGGUCUUUGGGUCGCAAGUCGCAGAUGGCAAAGGAUAUUGCAGAGGUUCUUAAUGAGGAAUUG